CAACUAAAAGUUUACAAAGUGGCUUAAUCCCACUUCACCAAAAGAAGUCAACUACCAUGGCUACCAAACCUUCUCUCUCCACCACCACCACCACCACCGUGCCUGAAACUCCGUCGUUUAAAAUAUAUCCAAAAAUGGACCCAAAACACGUUUCCGAGACUCUAAAGUUUGCUAAGCUUAUGAAUAUUGGCGCUCCCGUUCCUGAAAACUGCAACACCGACGGUUUUUUCGAUUCUUUCCUUCGGAAUUUCAUCAAAAUCGAUCAAAUCCAACCUGGUCGAAUCUCUUGUACUGUCAUCGCCAAACCACCUAUCUGUAAUAGCUAUGGAACACUGCAUGGAGGGAGUGUUGGGUCCUUCGUUGAGGUUUUGGCAACUGCGUGUGCUAAAACGGUAGUUGCCGAGGACAAACAACUUUUUCUUGGGGAAAUUAGCAUUUCUUACCUCUCUGGUACUCCAGCAAAUGAAGAAGUGGUGGCUGAUGCCUCUGUGGUGAAGAGUGGAAGAAAUUUGACUGUAGUUGCACUUGAAUUUAAAUCGAAGAAAACUGGAAACUUGCUUUAUCUUACUCAUGCUACGUUCUUUAACAUGCCGGUUUCCAGCUUAUGAUUACUUACCUUUCUGGUGAUUCUGCAGUUCCAUUUAAUGUAUGUAACAGUAACAAAGUAUUUUAAAUUAAUUAGGCUGAUUCUUAUCGUAAA